GUUGCCGGGCGCUGCUGUUGCUGAAUAAAAAAGUUGAGCCAUCCGCUUCGGAACAGGUGAAAGGGUGGAUCGAUUUUUCCGGUUUCUUCUCCUGAAAAUUCUAAUCCUCGAUCAUUUCGGGAUCGCGAUACUACAGCGGCCAGCGGGCCAUGACUGUGGAUCUCCAACAAAAACCGAUGCCUCCGGACCGUCACGCGAGCAGCGAGGACAACGCCGCGUCGGAGGACAAAACCGGCGGCAAGUCUCAGUCACAGGUGCCGGUACCUGGACUGGCAUCCCCAAACUCCUCAACACAUUCCUCGUUUCUGAUAAAGGACAUUCUCAGCAGUAAUGCCGCUGCUGCCAACCAGAAGACGCCAAGUCAAAGGGGGUUCAGUCCACCCCUCGGAUCCAGUCCUCCGAUGGGCUGCCCGCCCUUGGGAGCCCUGCAUCAUCCCAUGCAAGCCCCAUCGUACUUUAUGCCGCUUGACCACCGGAGGCCGAAUGGCAGUGGACAUUUUUCACCACACAUGGAGGAUGAUGACGAUGGUGGUCAUUCUUCAGAUGAGGAACUGUCCAGGGAUGCUGGAAAUGACGAUCACUCCGGUCAGGAGGUGUCCAACAGUCCCGACCACUCGAGCAGUCCGCCCUACAACCUGAAGGUGAAGAAGCAACGAAAGGCCCGCACCGCGUUCACUGACCACCAGCUCCAGACCCUGGAAAAGAGCUUCGAGCGACAGAAGUACCUGAGCGUGCAGGACAGGAUGGAGCUGGCCGCCAAGCUCAACCUCACAGAUACACAGGUCAAGACCUGGUACCAGAACAGAAGGACCAAAUGGAAACGGCAGACAGCUGUUGGCCUUGAACUCCUCGCUGAAGCUGGCAACUACGCCGCUGUACAGAGGAUGCUUCAGACAUCUCCUUACUGGAUAAACCAUUAUGCUGCAAGUCUACCUUUCGGCAAUAUUCCAGGCAUGGACUACUACCGUCAGGCAACAGCUGUAGCUCUCCAAAAACCUAUGGCGUAUAGAAUGUACCCAACAGCACCAGCGGCUAGCCUAGGUUUGCCAGUCAACUUCAAUUCCUCCGGUGUUCCUCCUCUCGCCGGGGGCAGUGCCACUUCCCCCAACUCACCAAUGUCCACCUCCACUACAUCGUCCAUUCCUUCCUACUACAGCAGAGACCAACCUCCAUGCUGAAAAAAGGAGGCAAUUCCACAUCUAGGAACUUUUAAUCUAAUUUAUUCUUUGUGACCACGGCUGGCAGGUGGACUGGUGCCAGUUCUGAAGCUGGUUAGGUCUAGUUGCUGUUGUUGUUGUGGACAACAAAUUCCGGGAAACCCUGUACGGAGUUGAACACUGUUUUCGGUUGUCCUGAACUUCAAGCAUAAUUUUUUUCCAUUGAUGAAGUACUUUUACAUGGAGUGAGGUUGACACUAGAACAUCUUCGAGCCUAUUUAUAGCCAAACGGCACAAUGAAAUGCAUGUUGUCCAAAAUUCUUAGAGCUGAAAAUUUCAUCAUUUAAGUUUAAUUAAUUUUAAUCAAUUUUUAUAUAAAUUUUUUUUGUCAAUCUGUUUUUUAAUAAGUUAUUACAUUUUUAAUCAUCAAUUUCUCGUAACAAAAUUAUAUAAUUUUUUUAUGUAAUUUAAACCCUGAUGUAGCUCUGAUUAUUUUUGGGGUGAACUUCAUCUUAAAAAUAGUACCUUCAAAGAGCUAUGAUAUUCCCUAUCUAAAAGAAAAAAAAUUAAAGUAAAGGUGUUUUUUUUAAAAAAUUAUUAGGAAUUAAAUUCUAUUUAUGACAGUAUUUGUAUUUAAAAGUACAAAAGAGGUAAUUGCUUUUCCCUUCAGAUUUCAAGUCAAAUUGUGAUGGAAAAUCACAAAAAAAUAUUUUAAUAAAUAAAAUUCAUUUUUAUUCAGAAUAAAAUAAUAUGGAAUGAAAAAUGGAUUUUGUUGCAAAAUCAUUUACAGGACAUAGCCCAUAUUUUAAAUGAAUUGCAUAGUAAAAUCUCUUUCUGCAUUAAAUAAAAUUCUAAGAAAAAAAAUUUCAGAAAAUAAUGUUCAUAGAAAAUAUUUGGAAAAACUUGGACAAAUUCUGGAUAUCAGAAUCAUCUCAAAACAGAGAAAGAAUAUGAGAGUAUUAGAAGAUACUAGAAUUUUCAAUAAAAAUUCCAAAAUUGUAGAGUAAAUUUAAUAUUUCUGAUAGCUAAUAUGAUAAAAAGUCGAAGAAGUAAAUAAUUUAAAAGCCAUAUUUUACUAUAGUACUCAAAAUAUGUAAUGAGUCCAUUUUAUUAUUAUGGCUUAUUAAUGCUUUCCUGACUAAAUUAUUAACCCUACAUUGCACAAUACGUAUAUUUGAAUUGCUAUUACUCUUGCAUUUAUCUAUUCAUUUUGAAUAAUUCAGUGAUUGAUGCAAAAAAGAAAUCAUAUUUGCCCUAUUCAUUAUUUUCUUUUAUGAGAAUUUAUAAAGUUACGACGAUUUAGAGAAUUUACUACGUAA